UGAGCAAGUCCAGCUCUUCCUGAGCCAACUUACGGACUUGCUUCUGGAUGACCAAUGUGUAUUUUAGCUGAUAAUGUCGGCUGCUAAGUCUCCAACUUCCCAUUCAUUCCAGCUGAUAGCAACGCAUAUAAUGCAAAAACCACAAUUCAGGAUCAUACAAAUAUUACUGUUAAAACUUUCUAGAUGAUUGUAGUUGCUUUGGUUGUGUUCUAUGCUAGCAGAAGCCUUCUCCGAGGUUUACUGCUCGCCCUAGAGCACCACGUUCCCCACUUACUGGGAACCUUGGGGGCUGGAAAUAUGGGAAACUCCUGUGUUUGCCGAGAUGACAGCGGAGCCGAAGACAGCGCGGAAUCCCGGAGUCGGCAAGCGGAGCACAGCAGAGCACACGUACCUGAAGCAAGGAGCCACCCCAGGGACCCUGUCCGGCCCCCCAGGCGGGGGCGAGGGCCUCAUGAGCCCAGAAGGAAAAAGCAGAACGUGGACGGGCUGGUGCUUGACACGCUGGCUGUAAUUCGGACGUUGGUAGAUAAUGACCAGGAGCCUCCUUAUUCAAUGAUCACGUUGCAUGAAAUGGCAGAAACAGAUGAAGGCUGGUUGGAGGUUGUUCAGUCUUUAAUUAGAGUUAUUCCAUUAGAAGAUCCCUUGGGACCAGCUGUUAUAACGUUACUACUUGAUGAAUGUCCGCUGCCAACAAAAGAUGCAUUGCAAAAGUUAACAGAAAUAUUAAAUUUAAGUGGAGCUGCUGCUUGCCAGGAUGCUUGUCACCCUGCCAAACACCGGAAUACAACUGCAGUAUUGGGCUGUUUAGCAGAGAAAUUAGCAGGUCCUGCAAGCAUAGGCUUACUCAGCAGAGGCAUAUUAGAAUACCUACUUCAUAGCUUGAAUUUCCAGUCCCAUCCGACAGUGAUGCUUUUUGCACUAAUAGCCCUGGAGAAGUUUGCACAAACAAGUGAAAAUAAAAUGACAGUUUCUGAAUCGUGCAUUAGUGACCAGCUGAUCUUGCUAGAGAAAUGGACUGAUAAUCCGGAUUAUUUAAAACGCCAGGUUGGAUUCUGUGCCCAGUGGAGUUUAGACAAUCUGUUUCUGAAAGAAGGCAGACAGCUUACGUACGAGAAGGUUGACCUGACCAACAUUAGGGCUAUGCUGAACAGUAAUGAUGUCAGUGAAUACCUUAAGAUCUCCCCGCAUGGAUUAGAGGCUCGAUGCGAUGCGUCGUCCUUUGAAAGUGUCCGGUGUACGUUCUGCGUCGAUUCCGGAGUCUGGUACUACGAAGUCACAGUAAUCACUUCAGGAGUGAUGCAGAUAGGAUGGGCUACCAAAGACAGCAAGUUUCUCAACCAUGAAGGUUAUGGCAUCGGGGAUGACGAAUACUCCUGUGCGUACGAUGGCUGCCGGCAGCUCAUCUGGUAUAAUGCCAGAAGUAAACCACAUUCCCACCCUUGUUGGAAAGAAGGAGACACGAUAGGAUUUCUCCUAGACUUGCAAGAAAAGCAAAUGAUCUUCUAUUCAAAUGGAAACCAGCUUCGUGCUGAGAAACAAGUAUUCUCAUCUGCUGUAUCUGGCUUUUUUGCUGCAGCUAGUUUCAUGUCCUAUCAACAAUGUGAAUUCAACUUUGGGUCAAAACCUUUCAAGUACCCACCACCAAUCAAAUUUAGCACCUUUAAUGAUUACGCCUUUCUGACAGCAGAAGAGAAAAUCAUUUUGCCCAGACACCGACGCCUGGCUUUGCUCAAGCAAGUGAGUAUCCGAGAGAACUGCUGCACACUUUGCUGUGAUGAGAUAGCAGACACAGAACUCAGGCCGUGUGGACACAGUGACCUGUGCAUGGGGUGUGCCUUGCAGCUGGAGACCUGCCCGUUGUGCCGACAGGAAAUACAAACCAGAGUCAGACAGAUCUCGCACAUUUCAUGACACACGUGGAGAAGUACCAUGGACUUAUUUUUAACAAACUCCAUCUAAUACUGAAGGGGGAAAAGCAUCUCUUAACCAAUCUUUACGCACAUAGAACCAUAGCCACGGCCAGGUUCCAUGCUAAAGUGUAGUCUGUUUAUCUUAAAUUAAAUCUUAAUAGGCAAUUUCAAGUUGCCAGCAAGAGGAGUUGGUUUCGACGGUAACAACAGCUGGUAGUUCAGCGACUUAUGGCUGUUGGUUAUCUCCAAGCAAGACCACGGGAGAGUGUCUCUUCCCCCUUUCCUUCUCGCCUGUCGCAAGUGCUGAAAAGAAUUUGCACUGGAAGUACAC